UCUGCGCCUGUUUCAGAAGUUUGAUAACUUCCGGAUCCUGGUGUGUGGAGGAGACGGCAGCGUGGGCUGGGUCCUCUCAGAGAUCGACAAACUCAACCUCCACAAACAGUGCCAGUUGGGGGUCUUGCCGUUGGGCACGGGGAACGACCUGGCUCGGGUGCUGGGCUGGGGGCCGUCCUGUGACGACGACACGCAGCUGCCCACCACCCUGGAGAAGCUGGAGAGAGCCAGCACCAAGAUGCUGGACCGCUGGAGCAUCAUGACCUACGAGAUCAAGAUCCCCCCCAAACACAGCUGCCCCACCACGCCUGAAGGACCCGACAACUGCCAGUUUCACAUCUCAGCCUACGAGGACUCAGUAGCUGCUCACCUCACGAAGAUCCUCAACUCUGAGCAGAACUCUGUGGUCAUCUCCUCCGCCAAGAUCCUGUGUGAAACAGUGAAGGAUUUUGUUGCCAAAGUGGGGAAGGGCUACGAGAAAACGACCGAGAACACGGAGGAGUGCGACACCAUGUCUCUCAAA